AUGCGCCUGCUAGACGCCAGAACGCUGGGGCUCGUCGACAUCACCGACGACAGCAUCCCGCCCUACGCCAUCCUGUCGCACACCUGGGGCGAUGAGGAAAUCACCAUUCAGCAGCUGCGGCGCCUUGGCGGCUGCUCGCAGACCACACUGGCAUCUCCCCGGACCCUGGACAAGAAGCGAAGGGCCAUCGUCUUGAAGAAGGGCUACAUCAAGAUCUCCGGCGCUGCCCAGCUUGCUGUUAGUCGGGGGCUCGACUACAUCUGGGUCGACACUUGCUGCAUCGACAAGACCAGCAGCGCUGAGCUGUCCGAGGCCAUCAACUCCAUGUAUCUCUGGUACGAAAAGUCUGCCGAGUGCUAUGCCUAUCUCUCCGACGUCGAACCAGUCCUCGCUGCUGCAGGUGCCAACGUGUUCCAUGACAAUCUGCGCCGCAGUCGCUGGUUCACAAGAGGAUGGACGCUUCAAGAGCUCAUUGCUCCCAAAGUGGUUCUCUUCUACGCCAAGGACUGGAGCUUUCUUGGACAGAAACACACACCACCUGAAUUCACCAAGGCCAUCAGUGAAAUCACCAACAUCGACCAAGAGGUCUUGAAUGGCAGGAUAGACCCCCUCCAGUUGAGCGUGUCUGCUCGCAUGGCCUGGGCAUCUCAUAGGAACACCACCAGGCUCGAAGAUACCGCAUACUGCUUGAUGGGUUUGUUUCAGGUCAACAUGCCUCUUUUGUACGGCGAAGGACGCCGCGCAUUUGCACGUCUUCAGGAAGAAAUCAUACAGCGCACUGAUGAUCAGUCGAUAUUUGCCUGGAACUCCUUUGACGACCAAGACGAAGAUCCGGAUGCUCUCUUUGGCUUGCUUGCACAAUCUCCCGCUCAAUUCAAGCUUGCUGGCUCGUUGCAGGUUCUGCCGCCUUUACCCAUAUAUGCAAGUGCGCCCUCCAGUAUGACGAACCAAGGCAUCCGCGUGCAGCUAUAUAUCCAACAACAGGGAUGGCGACGUCUAUCAAUGUCCCGCCCUCUAUCUGCGGCGGCUUUCCGAGGAUCAGUAUGGAAGACUGAGGCCCAAGUCGCAGCUCUUUAUGCCUCCCCCAUCCGCUACAUUUCUGCCAAUGGAUGGCUAUCGCUCGGUAUACGUCAGGCAGCAGCCAGUAUACUAUCAUCUUCCGCAGUUUAG